AUUUUUCCUCAGGGUUGUCUCCCGAAGCCUUUCCCGCGUUUGCCUUGGGUAUAGCCGCAAGGCAGCGGAGGUUUGGAUUCAGAGUUUUCCUUCUCCUAGAUGGGUAGCCAAGGCUAACGAGCACCUCCUGCCCGAAGCUUACUGGUUUAGGCGCCAGUUGUUCGCCUUUGCCCCUUCUCCUGUCUGUGGUAACGGUUCCGAGUUCCGCCAGGCUCAGUAUCUGAACCGCUCGUGAAGGCCAGGAGUUGGACUGGUUGUCAGAGGCUGUUUGAGAAGCAUGCCAUUGGAAGCAUUUUAUAGAAUCUAGAAUGCAAAGAACUGUCGCAAUGCCAAUGGAUUCGCCUGAUGCUUUUCCUAGUUAUAUACGUAGAACUCAAGAAAACACAGAAUCCGAGAAUGUCUCAUUAGAACAUCAAAAUCUGAUUAUGACAGAGGAAGAAUUAUUGUCUGAGAAAUAUAAAAUGGACUACCCCAAAAGAGGAACUGCUAUUAUAAUAAAUAAUUCUAACUUCAAAAGGGAAACACAAAAGCCCAAAAGAUAUGGAUCUGCCAAAGAUGAAGUUUGCAUGCAUGAAUUGUUGAGAAAACUUGCAUUUCAAGACAUUCGUGUGAAAACAGAUAGAACUUGUGCACAGAUGAAAGGAGAUUUAAAAGCAGUUGCAGAAGUCAAUCACAGCUCAUAUAGUUGCUUUGUCUGUGUGAUACUUUCCUAUGGGGAAGAAGGAUAUGUUUAUGGAACAGAUGAUAAAAUUUCUGUUGAUGAACUUUUUGAGCCAUUCAAGGGAAAUAACUGUCAACAACUAGCUGGCAAACCUAAAUUGUUUAUUAUUCAGGCUUGCUGUGCUACAGAUGUACAGUACAGAGAAGAAGCAGACGCAGCUAGGGAAAAGGAAGAAGAAGAAGAAGAUAUAGCUUUGAUUAAAAUUCCAUCAGAAGCGGAUUUUCUUACAGUGUAUUCAGAAGUUCCAGGUCAUUUUGGUUGGGAAAGUGAUACGAAAAGAUCCUGGUUUAUUCAAAGUUUAUCUGAAGCUUUCCUAGAUGAAUGGGAAAAUAAAGAUGUUCUUACAAUCCUGACUCGAGUGCUGCAAAAAAUGGACAUCCAUCUUGAGACUUUGAAAGGCAGCAGCAACAAAAGUAUUCAGAUUCCAUGCAUCACAUCAAUGCUGACAAAAAGUUGGUUCUUUAAAUAGUUGUUUUGUGCAAUAACUUUUGAUUAUGAUGACAUUAAAAAAAUAAAAUGUUCUAAAACUACUAAGUCUGUUACUGUUUGACACAUUAUUAUAGGAUUGCCAGAUGGACUAAUAUAUUAUUUUCUGUUAACAUGUUAUCUGUUAAUCUCAAAGAGAACAUUGUUCAUGUAGAUAUACAAAAUAUUUAUACAUCUGGCAUAUUUAUAAUUUUUUUUCAAACAUUCUGCAUAUAGCAGAAUAAGAAUAGAAAUAAUAAUAAAAUGUAUGCAUUUAAAAAGCUUGUAUCAACUCAUUCUGUCUGUUUGUCUGUCUGGUAAAAAGUUUAUACUUAUUUCUCCCGCAACCAAUCUUGGCUCAAGUUGAAAUUUUGAACAAUUAUUUCUUGUACCUGACAAAACAAAAAUAAAUAAAAAAAUUAACUUUUAACUAUUGAUAAUUAAUUAUUUUGUUUGGCAUUUGAACAAGGGAAAGAAAUUUUACUUGACAUAUAAAUGUAUAAAUUGAAUUAGUCCCCUUUAUAUUGUGUGUAUUCUGACAAAUAGCUUUUGUUGUUUUGAGCUACUUUAAUGUAUCCAGUGAUGAAGUAUGCCCCUGUCCCAAGAGAAAACUUAUCUUCAGUUUUCUAAAAAACCGAUAAUCAGGUUUCAGAGUGUAAACUUAAGUAUCAAAUAAUUUUUUUUUAAUUGAGAUUUUUCUAUAUGGUAAUUUGCCAUCUUGAACAUAAAAAUCUUUUUUUUUUUUUGCUCAACAAUAAGAGAAAACUUCUUCUUAGCAGGCUUUGAAAAACACAUGCACUUCAUAGAAAAUGUAUUACAUUUUUCUUUAUUAAGUUGAGUUGAUGAUUGGACCCUUGAAAUUUCUUUAGUUACCCCUUCUCAUUGAUCAAGUUUAGCAUACAGUUUCCCCCAUUAGUAUUGAUUUGGUGGCAUUUAUCAUAAAAAGCAAGUGAAUUUUCUUCAACUAGAGAAAAUAUAAAUAUAAAUACUUACUUUACAGAAUCCAAAGUCUACUGUCAUUUAUAUAUAGUGAACAUUAGGAAAUGGGUCAAUAUACUGAUCUUAACACCCUCAUUUAACUAGUGCAAUAGAAUCUAGGGAACUUCACCUGCCUUAUAAACCUUAUAUUUUAACAAGAACUUGAUAACUAGCAUAAAACUGUUAGUAUGUUAAUGUUAUUGAAAAUAUGUUAUCCCCUUUAAACAAAAAACUUUUAAAUAUAAUUUAAAAAUUUUUAAAUAUUUCAAAAUGAAUGCUGAGCAACACAUUUGUAAACAGGAAAUGCAUGUAUACACAUAUUUUGUAUAUUUUAUUUGAAUCUAAAGAUGUACUGGUACUAAAAAAUGUAAUUUAAAUGCCAUAUUUAUAUAUGUAUUAAUAAAUAUUGAUUUUAAGGUGAGAAAAUUAUGAAACUAGUAAAAAAAAAAAAAUCAAGAAACAUAGCAGCUUAUUUUUUUUUUACCUUUUUUGUAGUUAUGAAUUGGAGAUUCUGAGAGAGAUUCUGUUAUUGAUAGUGCUCUAUAUUUCUUCUGUAAAUUACAUCUAAAAGCUUCAAUCUCCUUCAGGGCAGAUAAAGGUUUAAAGACAGUAGUCUGGCUCUAUUUUAUAACCAUAACUCAGAAUUCCAAUGCUUUUUUGGUUUAUCAAUCAUAUGCAUAUUUUUUGUUACUGAAAAUGAUAGUUACUUAUUUUUUUAAUUUCUUUACUUUCUAACAUACUUCAAUUUGUUCUGGCAUUGCUUGCAAACAGCUUGUAAGUCUAUGUCCUUGUGCUAUCCUUUAUAAUGUUUUUAAUAUGAGGCACUAAGUUGGUGGAUUGAUAGAUCUAUGUUUUUUUUUUAGCAUGUUUUAAAAAUCAUGUCUUUGAAUUGUAUACUUUAUAUUUUUACAAUAUGCUAAUAUUAAUUUUUUAUUUUAUGUAUAAUGAUUUUUCUGAUUUAUAAUAUAAUUAAAUCUAAAUAUUUUGUUUCAAAAUUAGUUUAAAUAUUAAUUGAAUUUACUUAUAUCUAUUUUUUUUUUAAAUAAAUGAUGGUCUUAUCUUAAGGACUAGAAUAUUUUAGUAACUCCAGUGGCGGACUGAAAGGGUUAAUGUGUGUGCGGCCUACUGACACACACGACUCAGGUCAAUAACACAGGUCAAAGGCUGUUGAACAAGGGACAUUACUGCUAGUGCAUGCAAGUAUGACCCGUGCUGUGGUAAUUUGACCGAAAGCCUUAGGGUCGAGAGACAAUGUGUAAAGAAAGGACAGUUGAGUCCAGGACAGCAAGGCCGUAAGGACAGUGUGGUACAAAAGGAGUCCUCGAGAAUGUAGUUGUACGAGCUAGAGAGACUUGUAGUGUUUAGUUAGGCAGUUCUGUUGUGUAGCAAAGCAUUUGAAGUUAGUGUAGCCAAUUGUGUUUAUUGGCUGUUAUUGAUGAAUUUGUAAUUAAACCGCCACAUUGUUUAUUGAAACUCUUGUCGUCAAGUUCUUGUGUUAGAUGUGCUGUGUUGUGUUUAGCAGUGUUUGCAGAAGGCCUGAUUGAGAAAAUCGUAACAAUAUAUAUUUUUUUAUAGUUAAUAAAUUGUCAUUGAUGUCAUCA